GUGUCUGCCGCAGAUGCUGCUGCUGCUGCUGUCCUCGCUGGCCUUCCGCUGCGACCUGCCCUUCUGCUGCUUCAUCCACACCGCCGUCUUCGUCAGCUUCAACAAAGUCUGCACUUCACAGUAUUUUCUGUGGUAUCUGUGUCUGCUGCCGCUGGUGUUGCCUCGACUGACGCUGGGUUUGAGACGAGGCCUCGGGCUGCUGCUGCUGUGGUUUGUGGGACAGGCGCUGUGGCUGUCGCCGGCGUAUUAUCUGGAGUUCGAGGGCUGGAACACUUUCGCUCUCAUCUGGAUCGCCGGGCUGCUGUUUCUGCUCAUAAACUCUCUCAUACUGGGACAAAUAAUCUCCCAUUACAGACCCGCAGAGGCCCAGCUGAAGAAGACCGACUGACAGACGCCUGUGAGAAAACUCCACCUGAACAUGAUCACUUCACGUGUUAUGGCAACUUGAAUAAUACUCAUGUGCAACGAUCACAUAUAAAGAUAUGUACAAGAGUGUUUCUGCAUGUCUCUGGAAUCUAUUUUUCCUGCAGAUCCUGGAGAUGGACGAGCUGAUUCAGAUGACCACUAGAUGUCGCCCUACAGCAGUUUUACAGAUCUGAUGUUGAACAAGCUGAUAGGAUUUUAAACACAAACACUUUAAACACAAACUAUUUUUUAGACAGUCUCAACUUUUACUGGACUUACAUUUCAGACGUGUAAAUGCUUUGUGAUGGUGAUAACGAGUGUUUGUGUCCAUGCAGAAAUGAUCAUGAGUGUUAACAAACAUGUUUAUGAACGAUAUCUACACGUCUGAGGCGUUUCUUACAGGUGUGAGUGAAGAGACAAGCUCCGCCCACCAGACGAUGUCAGCACCAAUAGGAGUGAGUGUUGAGUGGCGGUGGGCGGGGCAUCUGAUGCGAUUAUAUCAUCCUGAUGACGUGUGCAUGGAGAGCAAAGCCGCUCAAUUCAAAGUAGAUUCACUGCUUCAAUUGAAUAAUUCAUCUGGACAGAUGAUUUAAUCCCAGCUCCACCUCACUACAGCUGCUGAAGCAGAUCAGGGUUAAACUGGAUUAAAUCAUCUCCAUCUGCUGGGACUAGCUGGGUCUCUCUGUGUUUGCUUCAUUACAGCAGAACCCUGAUUUAAGCUUUAAAAAUCUUCUGUUGUCACAUGAUGUUCUGGUAAACAUUCUUUCCCCCCAAAAUACUGGCCUCUGCAGAUCUGUUUAUGUCUGACAAAUUCACUGUUAUUACUCACACACUUAUUAAAGUGUUCAAAAGGAGAAUGUGAAUCACAAGUGGAAAUGAUUAUUUCUGCCGCUAUUCAUAGCAAGACACUACAAUAGUACAUAUGCAUGGACUUUUUGUCAUACAAGAUUUUUAUUUUUAUAAAAGUAAUAAAUAUAACAGGAAGACCCACAUUUGAGUUGCUGCUUUGCAUCACUGUAUCUUCUGUUAAUAUUUAUUGCCCAUAUUGAAUGCCAGAGGCAAAACGUCGUGUUAAAAUCCUUCCUGAAAAAGUGCAAAAGGUCAUUAAACAAUAAAUACAAAUUAUUGCUAGAAAUGAACCUUCCAGAAACAGCUCAUUAAUCACCAGGAAGCCAAGCGUGUCACGAGGACAUUACGUCUCGCAGGGUUUCUAGCCCCAAUAGUGCAAGUGCAGCAUUAUUAUUUAUUAAUACAUUACUAUUUAUUGAUACAUUUAAACAGUAGUUUUAUAUAAAGUCUUCAGAAACUUCAGAGCAUGCUCUAUUAAACACUCAUCAAUGCUGAAGCGAAUUUAACAUCACAAUGUUUAAGAGCCUAAAUAUUUGACUUUUAUUAUUGAAUAUGUUUUAUUACUGGUCUGCUUCAACAUAUUAGUUAGUUUUUUCACCUCUUGGCUGUUUAGUGAGAUAUAAGAAGAUCUGUGUCGUUGAUCCGGCUGAUAUCUGAACACAAACUUCAGGUGAAAUCCUUCCGUUUUUAAACCUUUAAACUUCAUAAACAUGCAGAUGAAAUGCUUUAAUAAAACAACUGUUAAAAUUAAACCAGUGAUCAUGAUGAUGUACUAUUAGACGCUCAGCAAAUCCUGAACCUUCAAAUCAAUCUUUGUCUUUUACUAUUUCAAAUGAAAUAAGCAGAAUCAUUUCAGAUUAUUGUCAUUUUUUUCUGUUCUCAUUUUUCUGUUAGUAAUUUUUACUUGUCCAUUUUCAAUAAACAGAAAAUAAGAAAGAAAUAUUAGCCUGACUAUACAAAAGUAAAUAGAAGAACAUAAUGAAAGCCCACCAAAGAAAAUCUAAACCAGACACUCAAACACUGAACCUGACAAAAAACUUCACUGCAAUAAAUGAUUUUCUUAGUAUUUUUGUCUUGUUUUUCAGUACAAAAAUUAAACAUUCUUGACUCAAGAUACAAGCAAAAAUGGCUUGUUUUCUGAAAAAAUGAAUCUAAAUGAGUGACUUAAAGCUUGAAAAAAACCCCGAACAAAUAUCAGUCAAUGAGCUCAGACAACAACAACAACAACAAAAGUUCAAAGGAAAAACAGAUAGUUGUUCUUGUAAAAUCAAUUUUGAACACUUUUUCAGAAAUCAAGAUUUCAUAUGUAACCCUGGACCAUAAAACCAGUCAUAAGGGUCAAUUAAGGGUCAAGAUCUAU